CUGGCCGUACCAGGUAGCUACCUCAAUCCAAUUUAUGUUUUCCUAGGCACAUUAAGAGCAGGAUAGCUAGUUACGUAGUUAUUUAGCAUGUGCCAAAUUGCUUUUCAAAAUUCAUUUUGUCAGUUAGGGGAAAUAUAAAUUAUUCGGGAAAACAACGACUGGCUAGCAUUGAGGCAAAACUGAUUGUGGAGUUCUGGAGUUACGUUAGACUAUCGACGAAGCCAAAUGCUGUUGCCAGACUUAGCGCGCUAGCUGGUCAGGAAACCUCAUUCUACCCGUUGAUACAAUAGGUUGGGGGAAGAGGAUCUUCAGGGAGGAAGUAGCUAACAUUAGCUAAAUUCCCAAAUUCACUAUCCACUGCAAUGGAUGACUGGAAGAAUACGUGCGGAUUUGAUGUAUCUUAAGGUGGGGGGAACCCACGCUGGACUGAUGUUUUGGGGUAAACUUAACAGUUUUGCGCUUUUACUAUGAAUGGGAACUUUGCUUAAUACUAGCCACAUACGACUGUGGAAAACUGCUAGCAAGAAUGAUAGCUUAGUAACUAAUGUUAGCUGGUUAACCGGACACAGUUCCACUGAUCUUACUAACGCACGGCUUAAUGUUAAAAAGGAACUAAUAUAACCAACAAACCUCGCGUCGAGUUACAAUUGGUAUUUAAUUGCUGAUGUCGUUAACUGAAUUUGACAGCUUCACAUCUCUCGGAUACGGGUGAUUUGCCAUAUUGCUGGAAAACUGUUUCUAACGCAUUUCAGUGCUUUAUCGUGACUGGAAAGCACUUUUGGUUGCGAGAAAUAAACAGGGAUAUUUUUUUCCUACAUCAAAUGAAACGCAAGACUUUAGAGAAGAUUUGAACAAGCCCUGACACUAUGCACACGUCUGUGGAGCGCAGAUCUGAUCCUAGAUUUACAGCUAGGGAACACGAACCCCCUCAGGAAAGUCUCUCGCAUAAAGCGGGGAUACUGGGGCCUUUGGAGCCGAAGGUCAGCGGUGGGGAUGGAUGGAGGCUGGUUGAUGUGUUACUCACCGGGGGUGCGCCGUGGGGGUUCAGCCUGAAAGGUGGCUUGGAGUACCACGAACCCCUCAUCAUAACCAAGGUGGAGGAGGGCAGCCAGGCCUGGGCAGUCCGGCUGCAGGUGGGUGACGAGGUGGUGGCUGUGAAUGAGUACCCCCUGAGCGGCUACCGACAGGAGGCCAUCGGCCUGGUGAAGGGCUCCCACAAGACCCUGGCGCUGGGGGUGAGGAGGAGAACUGAAACUGUGAACAGGCCUCACUCCUGGCACUCUAUCAAAUUUGCUGAGGCCCAAUCAGAAGCUUCGAAAAGGCGGACGACGGACACAGUGGUCUCACGGAGCCAAUACGAUGCGAGUUUGUCGUCCGAUGACCUCUCGAGGGGCUGGGACCACACGAACCUGCGGAGGGUUUCUAACCAGUUCAGCUCCCUGGGCAGCAUGGACAGCCUAGAGCACUGCCCGCCCCCCUGCCCCACGGGACCCCUGUCCCAGGCCAAGCCCAGCAGCAGCACUGAGUACCUGGGCGGGGCGAAACGCGACUCGGCCUACAGCUCCUUCUCCACGGGCUCCGGCACGCCGGACCACAUCCUGUCCACGGAGAACGUGGCGUGCAGGGCGGGGGCGUGGGACCCCCGGAACUGGCAGAGUCUGGACGAGAAGCAGGGCGUGGGGCACGGCGAGGGACGGGACAACCCCCGCCACUCCAGCUCUGCCACCGGGGGGCGUGCCAGCUUUGGCCCCAUCUGGCACGUGCCAGACAAGAAACGAACCGCGGAACCUUCCCCGCCGCCUCCGCCCCUCCCCGUCCGCAGCGACAGCUUCGCGGUAACCAAGGUGCACAGCGAGGGGCCCGAUCCCUACGCAGAGCAGAGGCCCCCUGCACAGGGCAGAGGUGUUUUUAGGGCCCCUGACAGUGCCUCGAUGGGCCCUCAGGCGGAUGACCGAGGCCCAGGCGUCCGAUGGAGUUACCAUCCGACUUCCAAAAAUGACGAGCACUUCCCCCCCCACAGCUCCGGCUACGGCAGCCAGGCGAGCUCCCGCUCCAGCGUGGAGUUCCCAUCGGGCCACGCCCCUCGCCACCAGCAGCAGUACUGCGAUGAGAGCGCGGUAUACCCGCAGCAUCGAGUGACCGCGGCCACCAUGCCACCAGAUACAGGCGGCUACUACAGCAUCACCCAGGAGCAGCCCGCCGACAGCCUGCCGCCGCCCAGCGGCCAUGCCUGGACCUCCGCCACGUCCGCCACCGGCACGCUGGAUCCCGACCCCUGCGCCGACUACUACUGCGUCACUGCUGCACACCGGCCCCCGGCGAGGGAAGAGGACAGGAAGGGAGGGGGUGGAGGUGUGGAGAUGACCCGGGGAGCUAAAGAAACUGACCAGAACUCCAAAUCCCAUAAGGCAAAGCUCCGGCUAUCUCACCCACUCCCGCAGGGCCAUUACCCUAAUGACCAAGACAGCAACUACUAUGGAAAACAGACGGGCCCGCCCCUUGACCAGCUGGUGGCUAAACCAAAUGGCAAUGAGAGGCGGAGUCAAGGCAGAGAUAAUGGAUAUCAUGCAGAGAGCCGUUAUGUCAACUUCCCCUUGAGCAAACAUGAGAGCGAGGAGGGGCAGGCUUCACAGCCCAGAGAGACCCCACAGGAUGCCUGGCUGUCCCAGGAGGCCGUGCACUCCCAGUACCACAUGGGGGCAGAGGCAGGUAGCCUACAGGGACCCUGUCCCCCCAACCCCCAAACUGGCCAGCAGGUGGCGGGUAACGAGCGCUUCGCCACCAUCCUGCGCAACGAAAUCCAAGAACGCAGGAUCCGGCUGCAGAAGAGCCAGAGCACCACAGCGCUGACGGGCCCCGCCCAGGCUGAGGAAGAGGAGAAGGGCCCGGAGGUGUCCACCGAAACGUCCGCCUCUUCCUCUGACGGCUCCUUCUCCACCUCCUACAAGGACCACCUGAAGGAGGUGCAGGCUCGCGUCCUCCAAGCCACCUCCUUCAGGAGGCGGGACCUGGAGCCUGAUGUCUCUCCCCCUGCCUCCGCGCCCGCCGCGAUCCUCCGCCCCGAGGCCCCGCCCCCCGCCGGCGCUGUGGUCUCCCGCAUCGGGGGCAGGAAGCGCUUCCCGCCCGAGAAGAAAGUGCGCUCCGUCUCCGAGCCCAACAAGAUGCACCAGGUGGGCGUGGCAGGGGCGGAGCCCGAACCGGAGCCGUCCCACCCCGAGCCCGCGGGGUCCCUCGCCGACCGGCGCAAGGUCUUUGAGCUCACGGGGAAGCCCGUUUUUCAGAAGCCCUUCCUCAAACAGGCCCGUGGGGGCAGGACUAAGGGCGGGGCCGGAGGCGGGACUCACACCGGCAGGGGCCUCCCGGAAGGCCAGCGGGCCUCGCUAGGGCAGCAGCCGUGCACCUUCGCCGAAUACGACCCCUCGUGGAACGUCCAGUGGAAACCCUCAGGAGCAAAGCCUGCUGGGAGAUGCCACUCUGCCGACAACAUCCUGGACCCAGCCGUGGACGACUGGAACAGAACCCCCUGCGUCCACGAGAGGGCGCGCUCGUCCCCCACCGCCGAGCUGUACGCACAGAGCAUCCCGGGUUCUGGGAGGACGUCCGCAGAGUUCUCCUACCCUGAAGACGAACCCGGCGGACAUGAGGGCGCCACCCCCAGGGUGAGCGAGCAGCAGCACGGAGUUUUGGGAGGGAGACAGAACUCGUCUCAGCUGGAGCGCUUCUCUGAGCCGCCACCAGAGGGCGCCCUGUGGGAUGACCCAGAGAGCCGAGGAAUCGCCGCUGCCCUCCCCCCUGACCACGGGUACCUCCAUCGCCUCAGCGAAAAGCCCCUCCCCCGGAACCCAGAGGUUCCGCCUCCCUACCAGGAAAGCCAAUCGCGCGGCUCCGCUCCCGGUGAGGCGGGCCCGCGUCAUCUGAGGGCGCGGUCGCAGCCCAAAGCAGAGAGGAGCAGGCGUUCCGAAGGCGUCCCCUCCCCCGCCUCCCGGAGGGACCCGGGGCCGGAGGAGAACCGGAGAGCCACACUGGGAGCGGGAAGCUCCCAACAAGAGCCACCGCCUGCCCCCAGCUCCUCGUCCUCCUGCGACCCAGCCAGUCAGCUCCGGCCCCCCAUGGAUGGACUCCACCCACCCCGCCCACAGCUCGCGCCCCAGAGACCCGGCGACCAGCCGCCUGCCUCUAUGCGCCAUGACGCCCCCUGCAGCAGGAUGGAGAGUCUGAGUGAGAGCAGCAGCCGUAGCCGAGCACAGAAGGGCCCGGUCCCGGUCCCAGGCCCGGUUCCGGUCCGGAUAACCCACGAGGCCGAGAGCUGCUCGCCCCUCGGCCCCGCCCAGGAGCCCCGCCCUCCGGCUUGCAUCUCCCGGGAGCAGAGGAGAGCUGAGGGCCAAGACAGCACGUACCCGGGUGCCCCCCUGGAAGCCCCGCCCCCUCAGCCAGCCAGCACCAAUGGCAUCUCCCUGGAGGAGGAGCAGAAGAGGGAGGAGCUGGCCCGGGACAUUGUGGGGCGAGACCAGUCGCUGGCCGACAUCCUGGACCGGAGUGGGAUGAGGACCACCAUGGACCUGAUGGAGGGCAUCUUCCCCCAGGGAGGGGCUCUACUGGAGGGGACGCAGCAGCGCCGGAAACCCGCCCCCCGACAGGCCUCCCAGGGCCCCCGCAGCUCCCCAGAGAGGCGAGAGGAGGACAACAUGGCCGCUGCGGUUGGCCUGGUAACCAGCUCAUCGUACUACUUCACCUCCGCCCCCAAGGCAGAGCUGCUGAACAAGAUGAAGGACAUGCCGGGCUUCGAGUCUGAGGACGAGCAGGACCUGGACCUGGCCUGCAAGAAGCACCAGCUGAUUGACAGCCUGACAAGCAAGCUGCAGGUACUCAAGGAGGCGCGAGAGAGCCUCCUAGAGGACGUGAGCAGUAACAACGCCCUGGGGGAAGAGGUGGAGUCCAGCGUGGAGCAGGUGUGCAGGCCCAACGAGCUGGACAAGUUCCGCAUGUUCGUGGGGGACCUGGACAAGGUGGUGAGCCUGCUGCUGUCCCUGUCUGGGAGGCUUGCCCGGGUGGAGAACGCCCUCAACACCCUGCCGGAGGACUCCACCCCGGAGGAGAAGCGCACUCUGACGGGGAAGCGCGCGGUGCUCAUCCGCCAGCACGAGGACGCCAAAGAGCUGAAGGAGAACCUGGACCGCCGCGAGAGCCUCGUCUCCCACAUCCUGGCCAGCCACCUGAGCGAGGAGCGCCUGGCCGACUUCCGCCACUUCGUCAAGAUGAAGGCGGAGCUCAUCAUCGAGCAGCGCAAGCUGGACGACAAGAUCAAGCUGGGGGAGGAGCAGCUCAAGUGCCUGAUGGACAGCCUGCCCCCGGAGCAGCGGCCACCCUUCUGACCCCCCCCCCCCAGCCCCUGCAGCAAGACCCCCGGGCCUCCAGGGGGCGACAGAGACGAGCCCUCCCGGCGUGCGCCAGCGAAAAGCGGCAAACCCCUUUGUCGUUUGUUUUGUAAUCCGUUAUUUUUGUAUUUUUUGAAUGGUUGCUGACUUCAGAAGGAGCGUCUGAAAGGGGAGCAGACCCCUGCAGUGAUGGUCACUCAGACAUAAUUUAUUCAGGGAUUCAAUAGCCCCCCCCCCCCCAACAUAUCACUGAGGGGCACCAGCCUUUAAAUAAAAGACUUUGCAGACUGAGACAUCACUCGCCGUUGUCUAUAUACCAUUUUAAGAAAAAGAAAAUGUCAGUUUUAGUAAUUUAUUGUAGGCUUUUGAAUGUGUGCAGAAGACUUGGAGAGUAUUUAACCCCUUCCAGCAAAGCAAACAGUACACUAUAUCACAUAGUUUAGCAUUUCCAACACGCCUGUAAUGUAAUUUGUCCUUAUUCAUGGAGGAAUCCUAGACUGCUUAAAGCUCACAUAAAACAUGCAACAUGAUCUCA